AUGAAGCUAAUAAUAGCCUUGUUUAUGUUAAUUGUUCUCAUUCAAUACACCGAAAGCCGAAACUUCGGAUGGUUCCCGCAAAAUCUUGUCGAUACAUUCACUAACAAGACAGCACAAAUAAGCAACUACGUGCGCACAAAAGGACGAAGCCUGAAACAGUUUUAUGUUCAAAAUGUAAGAAAUAGAAUAACAUCUUACUUCGGGUCUAACAGCAGUUCACCUGAGCGCGAUGAUCAUAUUAAAUAUAAUAGGAUUAAGAAAGGUUUCGGUGAUUAUGUUGGUGAAGCUCAAGAGAAGAAUCAAACGGUUUUUGAUGCGAUAGCUCCAGAAAAAAUUGAAUAUAUGUGCAAUGAUAACGAUCCAAGCAUCCAAAUGACAACGCCGCAGUUGAUAGCAUCCCACGGAUACGUCUCAGAAUCUCACACUAUCGUCACAGAAGACGGAUACAUUCUAACAGUUCAUAGGAUACCGUAUUCUAGAAAUGCUUCCAGUAGAGAGGUUAAGCGUAAGACAGUGUUGCUGCACCAUGGUUUGCUUGGCAGUUCAGCUGAUUGGAUCAUGGCGGGACCGGAAAAGGGGCUCGGUUAUAUACUAUCAGAGGCAGGAUAUGAUGUAUGGCUUGCUAAUGUUAGAGGCAAUACAUAUUCAAGAGCCCAUAUCACGUUGAAUCCAGAUUCCUUCGAAUUCUGGAAUUUCACGUUUCACGAAGUUAGUCAACACGAUUUGCCGGCUGUCAUCGAUUAUAUAAUGGAGGUCAAAGGAUGGGACGUGAAAAUAAAUUAUAUCGGUCACUCAAUGGGUACGACUAUUCUGUUCGCUUUGUUAUCAACAAAGACUCAUUACAACAAAGUUCUGAGAGCAGGUUUCGCGUUAGCUCCUGUCGCUUUUAUGACCGAUAUUAGGAGCCCCAUUCGUCUACUAGCAAAAUACAGUGACAAUCUAGAAUAUUUGUUAAAACUUCUGGGUGCUAAUGAAUUUUUACCUCAGAAUUCGGUAUUGAGAUGGCUAUCGAAACACUCGUGCGAAAUCAAUCAUCUCGAGGAGGCGAUUUGUGAGAAUUCACUAUUCAUUUUAUGUGGCCACGACGAAAAGCAGUUCAAUAGAAGUCUACUACCAAUAAUAUUAGGCCAUGUGCCGGCUGGAGCUUCAACAAAGACCUUAGUUCAUUACGCGCAGGAGAUAAAAAACGCGGGAAGAUUUCAACAAUUCGAUUACGGUCCAGAGGGGAAUUUGAAAGAGUAUGGAAGUUUCGAGCCUCCGCAAUAUCCUCUGCAUAAAAUAACUCUACCUAUAGCUCUAUUCGGAUCUGAAAACGAUUGGUUAGCGAGUGACGUAGAUGUGACAAAUUUGUACGUACAACUGGCGAAUCCAAUAGAUCAUUAUAUUGUACCACUAAAAUCAUUCAACCACAUAGAUUUCUUGUGGGCUAUAGAUGCGAAGAAAUUGGUAUUCGACAAACUCUUACAACUGCUAGAAGAGGGUGUUAGUAAAUCGCAUUUUGAUUCGGACUUAUCUUUUAAUAAUAUAUAA